GGAAAUUCGCAGAAUAUUGUUGAGUACGUGCACCAUAUCUGUUGAUGGCAAAUUAAUUAAUAUUAAUUUUUUUUUUCUUUUGUGAAGCAAGUUUUACGAACCGAAACUCACGAUGUCUAUGAACCCAACAUGUGAAUCGCACGAGCCCAAAUUCCCGCGAGUAAUGUCAAACUUUAAUAUUUGUACAUUUUAAAACUAAGAGAAGUAAUAACUGUAAAUAGUCAUAUAUUUAAAAACGAAAAUUUAAAAAGUUUUCUUGUAUUUUAGUCCUUGAAUCAUGUUGAAACUUGUCAUAUUGUCUAGUGCCAUUAGGUAAAUUAUAUAUUAUAAACCUUUACCUAAAAGUAACUUUCACUCAUUGUCUUAUAACAUGGAUUUAAGUGCUUAAUGGUACGUGAUGUGAAAAGAAAUGCUUUCCACAAAUGCAGGUGUUUGUCAUUCAAUUAUGGCAAAACAGUCUAUUUACACUAUUGUGUUGCUGUUAAAUAAGGGGUGUGGUUAUGUGCAUGGCUGUGGAGAGCUGUAUGGUGCCUGUAUGGUGAUUUGGACCUUCUUUUUAAAUAAGUUGUUUGAUGGAGCCAAGGUUUUGAUUUUCCAUAUUUGUGUAAUUCCAAAUUCUACAACAUAAAAUCUUGAGAAAUGGAAAAUUCAAAUGUUGUGUUAAAACAAUGUAAAAAUAUUUAUGUUAAUUCAAACUUUUACGUAGUAGAUAAAAGCAAAGAACCCAAUGCAGUUUUAGAAACUGAUUAUUCAGAAACCCUCAUAACGGACCUUCAAGGUUACUUAAGAUCUGAAUAUCGCAAUAGACAAGCUUGGAUAUGUACUCAGCCUUGGAUUUCUGAUAAAGAAUGUCAUAUUAGUGAUUUCUUUGUUCCGCUAGAUAUUAAUCCAGUGAUGUUAAAUGAUCAAGGAUGGUUUAUCGAUAGGAAUACAGUGGUGUCCAUCGAAGAACUCUUUCAGAAUGACAGACGCUUUCAUCCUUCAAAACGCAUCCUAAUUCAAGGAGAAUCUGGUUCCGGAAAAAGCACCUUAUUGAGAAAAUUAGCAUUGGACUGGGCUAUGCAAAAAGAUGGUUAUCUUUCUCAUUUCACAUUGGUUUUUCUUUUACAGUUAAAGUACAUGGAUUUGGAUAUAGAUGAUGCUUUGAAAGAUCAAAUAUUAUUAACAAAUUUUGAAGAAAGUUAUAAAGGAGGUAUUAUUUGGGAUUAUAUAAGAAAACAUCAGCAUGAAGUAUUAUUUCUUUUAGAUGGUUUUGAUGAAAUGCCAUACGAGUAUAAAAAAACAGGUACUUUUGAUAGAUUGUGUAAGGGCAUUACAAUUCCUGAAGCAUGUGUUGUCAUUACUUGCAGACCACAUGCUAUGACAGAGAUAAUAAAACAUUGUGACAAAAAAUUUGCCGUUAAAGGAUUUAAUCAGAAAAGCAGUGAUAAGUUUGUUUCUCGUUUUAUUCAAAGACAGUUUAAAACAGAUGAUGAUAAUACAAAACCUUUUGGAGAAUUUUUAUUGGAGUUUUUAUCUUGCGGUAAACCUGUCAUCAUUAAAUCUUUAACAGAAAAUCCAUUAACUUUAAAUCUGUUGUGUACUUUGUUAAAGGAAAAAUAUAUUUUAAAUAAUGUUAAUAAUUCGUCAAAACUGACAACUGGCAUAUACUUAGGCAUUUGUCAGUGUUUUUAUCAAAGAACUUUAUUAAGAAAGCAAAUGAAUUGUGAAAAUAAUUUUUUUGAAAGACUGUUCAAAGAGUUGGGACGUCUAUGCUUGAAAGCUGUGAAAACUAAACAGUGUAUCAUUCAAGUGAAUGAUUUUGAUUUUUGUUUUUCGAAAAAUUUCUUGCACGACAUUGGUCUUUUCCAGCAGACAGAUAAUGGCUGUAUAGAAUUAUUACAUCAAUCAUUUAUGGAUUUCCUUGCAGCAUUUUAUUUAAAAAUGCAAUGUUUAGAUGAUAUUCAGGGUUUCAAAAAAGAAAUAUGCGAUAUAGUCACAGAAAGUAAUGUUGGUUCACUUAUGCUGCCACUUGAAGUGUUUAUAUUUCUUUGUGGUUUAUUGCAAGAAAGGGCUCAUAUAUUUUUCAAUAGUCUUCCUAAAGAUAUAUAUUGUAGAUUAAAUUCUCAUGAAUUAGUUAACCAUUUGUCAUAUUUAAUCCAGGAAUGUGGUAAUAGUGAUGAAAAUAUGCUAGCAAUACAAAAAUUCUUUCCGGAACAUCUUAUACUAGAUCGCAUUCUUACUCUUCACGCUUUUACAAAUAUAAUUCCUGGUCUUAGUUUAAUUCUAUCCCACAAACAUUGCACUGUGAAAAGUAUUGUGAUAUCAUCCGAUACUAUUCUUAGUUGCUGUUUAAAUGGAAGAGAUGCGUUCUAUCAACUUCUUGGGGGUCUGUGUCGAAACAAAUCUAUAAAAUCUGUAGAUGUGAGAAUGUUCACGUCAUUUGGAAAUUUUGAAAAUUUUUCAAAUAGAGAAAACAUCAAAUAUGCAUUUAGAGAACUCUGUAAAUUUGGCUUGUCUGAUAAGGAAUUAAUUAGUUUGAGUAUGAAAUGUGAUUUCAGUUUUGAAGACAUUGCUCAAGAAGUUUAUGAACUGUUGAAAUCUCACACAACACUGCAAAAUAUACGUUUAGUAUCUACAAAUAAAGACUUGAGCACAGAAUCAAUGGCCUUAGAAAGGAUUUUAGAUGCACUAAAGAAUAAUUCAAAUAUUGAGAGUUUAAGUCUUACAGGCUUUUAUUAUCAUCAUAAUUCAUGGAAUAAAUUUGAAUCUAUUUUGGAAAAUUAUGGAUUAAAACACCUAGAACUCUCCAUUACACAAGAAAUAAAUUUAAUUGAAAAAAUGAAAAAAUGUUUAGACAGUAUCAGUCAACAUUCGCUGACUUAUGUUUCUGCUUUGGAUAGUAUGUUUAAGUCAUUUAGCACUAAAACUUGUGCUUUAGAGAGUUUGGAUUUUAUAGGAACUUUAUUAUCUUCGUCGGAUAUUAUAAAUUUAUCAGAAGCUUUGGAAUGCAAUACAAGUAUUAAAUCACUAAAACUAUUUAAUUCUUGCACCAAAUUUAAACAUCUUCAUCCUCUUAUAUCUACUAUAUUGAAAUCAUCCAUUACAGAUUUAUUUAUUGGUAGCAGUGCUUAUCUGAAUGCCAAAGACAAAUCCGUCCAUCUACUCAGUAGAUUAUUAACAAAAGAAAACCUUGUUAAACUUUCCUUUUCUGGAAUUAAAUUUUGCAUUCUAGAUUAUGACUUACUGAAGAGUUUGGCAAAAAAUUUUAGUAUAAGUUGUGUGAAAACAUUACAUUUUAUACAGUGUUCAAUCAUUUUAAGCUAUAAAAGCAAUGCCAAUAUCAAAACACCACUAAUGCCUGAUUAUAAAUAUACAAAAGAACUGUUACCAAUAAAAAUGAACAAUUUGGAAAGUCUACACUUACAUUUAUCUGUUAAUGUGAAUAAUUUUCAAGAGAGCUGGGUUAAACAAAUUGAAAGUUUUAAAAAUGCCCUUAACUUGAAAGAACUAAAUGUUACUGGUGAUUCAACUGUAAUUGAAGAUAGUUUAUUUGAACAGAUUUGUUCAUGCCUAUUGAACUUCAAGCACUUGGAGAAAUUAACAUUACAGAGUUGCUGUUUCAAAAUUGAUGAUGACAACAUAUGCUUAAAUGCAUAUAAAUUACUAACUAUACAACUUCAUUUAAAGUGGAUUGAAUUCAAAGGAUGUUGCUUUGAAUCUAACAGUUCCAAAAAAUCAUUUUUUUCUCAACUUGCCAUAAUCACAUUGAAUACUCAGCAUAUUUGCGACUUCUUAUUUAGUUGGGUAAAUUUGUUUGGAAAUUCUCCCUUAAUCAAUGGCUUUGUCUCGGAGUUUUUCUCAUCUCUCAAAAUCAAUCAUUCCAUAAGAAUCCAUGUUAAAAACUGGCCCAAAGAUCUUAUAAAUAACAUUUACAUACUGUGCAACAACUGCCAACAUUUGAAGAUUAACAUAAUUUGGGAUAAAAUGCAUGAAGUGGAUUGUCUUCUUCUUAACCCAUUACAUUGAUGAAUUAAUCAUUACAAUUAUUAUUAGGUUGUGAAAUUAUUAGUUAUCUCUACUUCAUAUUACAGUAUAUACAAUAAGCUGUUAAUGAUUGAGAUGUGAAGAUAAAUCAAGAAUCAAACCAAAGUUGCUAACACAGCUUUGGCUGAAUUCAUACUUUUGUAUAGUGUAUAAGUAAGAUGUUUGCUAUUUCUUAAAUUAUCUAAACUAAACUAAGUUAAUCUCUGCUGUGAAGAAAUUGAAGCUAAUUAAAAAAUCAGGUUUGUAGAUUUAUUGUUUUCAAUAAAUCCAUCUACCCGAUUUUUUAAUUAAUGCCAAAUGGUCUAUCAUAUUACUGUGCUAUAAUAGGUUAAUUAAUUACAGCCUGGUAAUAUAGCAUUAAGAAAAUUCUAGUUACUAAUUACUAGUACUAACUGUUCUUUUCUUAGUUAGUAACUACAAUUUUUCUAUACAAAGGCAGAAUCAAUUAAAUUUAUUUAUUCUCCUAAAUAGCAGUACAGAAAUGAAAUUAAACAAGCACAAAGAUAAAAUUUACAAACUUAACAUUUAUUUAGUUAAACUUAGCUAACAUUAUCCCUGAUAAUUCUGCAACUCUUCAUUAUCUGUUCUCCUUAUUCUUCAUUUAUUCUCUUUCUGUUCUCUUGUGAUCACAUACCAAAUUUUUUGGGAGUGAUUUCCCUUAAAGGAAUAUUUAUCUUCCUAAUAUCUCUGUUGUUAUGAACACAAGCCCAAACUCCUAAACUAUUGAAUUAUUUGUGUGUUAUAUUAAGGUAAUCCAACAUAAGGUUUAUGAUAGGCAAUUGAUUCAGGCUUUGGUUGUGUUGUACAUAUAUUACUGUAUACAUUCCAUGCAAACAUGGAGUUUUGCCAUAUUUUCAGUGGUUAAAAUUUUUUAAUAAACUUUAAGUGCGUCAACUAGAUGUUAAUACCUAUAAACCAGCAAAAUAAAAGAAAUAAAAUGUAAACAAACAUUUUUUUGCAUUUAUUGGUAUUUACAUCUAGUUGAGGUUAACUAUAAUAAUUUAUACAGUAUUUUCAUAGAGAUUGCAUUUAUAAGUGCCUUUAUAAAUAAAUAUGUAAAACCAGUAUAUAUG